GCGGCCAUCUUGUGAAGCGGCGAAAGAGGUGGUGGCUGCUCUGGGCUCCGGGAAGCCGUUCGGGCUGGGGCUACCGACCGCGGGGCGGAGGCACUCGCGCGGGGGGUAACUCGGGUCUGGGUUCGGGUGCCGCGCAGCUCUCCCCGGAUUGACUUGGCCUCUACUUCUUGUUAAGAAAAUACAUCUCUUGUUUUAUCAGGUGUGUGUGGUUUCAGCGCAGCAUGGCUGUGGUCAUCCGUUUGCAAGGUCUCCCAAUUGUGGCGGGGACCAUGGACAUUCGCCACUUCUUCUCUGGAUUGACCAUCCCUGAUGGGGGCGUGCAUAUUGUAGGGGGUGAACUGGGUGAGGCUUUCAUCGUUUUUGCCACUGAUGAAGAUGCAAGGCUUGGUAUGAUGCGCACUGGUGGUACAAUUAAAGGGUCAAAAGUAACACUAUUGUUGAGUAGUAAAACGGAAAUGCAGAAUAUGAUUGAACUGAGUCGUAGGCGUUUUGAAACUGCCAACUUAGAUAUACCACCAGCAAAUGCUAGUAGAUCAGGACCUCCACCUAGUUCAGGAAUGAGUGGCAGGGUAAACUUGCCUACGACAGUACCCAACUUUAAUAAUCCCUCACCCAGUGUAGUUACUGCCGCCACUUCUGUUCAUGAAAGCAACAAAAACGUACAGACAUUUUCCACAGCCAGCAUAGGAACGGCUCCUCCAAAUAUGGGGGCCUCCUUUGGGAGCCCAACGUUUAGCUCAACCAUUCCGAGCACAGCCUCUCCAAUGAACACAGUCCCACCUCCACCAAUUCCUCCAAUCCCAGCGAUGCCAUCUUUGCCACCAAUGCCGUCCAUUCCUCCAAUACCAGUUCCUCCCCCGGUACCUACAUUGCCUCCUGUGCCUCCUGUGCCCCCAAUACCCCCGGUCCCUUCUGUGCCACCCAUGACCCCACUGCCACCCAUGUCAGGCAUGCCACCCUUGAACCCGCCUCCUGUGGCACCUCUACCUGCUGGAAUGAAUGGCUCUGGAGCACCUAUGAAUCUGAACAAUAACCUGAACCCUGUGUUUCUGGGUCCAUUGAAUCCUGUUAACCCUAUCCAGAUGAACUCUCAAAGCAGUGUGAAACCACUUCCCAUCAACCCUGAUGAUCUGUAUGUCAGUGUGCAUGGAAUGCCCUUUUCUGCAAUGGAAAAUGAUGUCAGAGAUUUUUUCCAUGGGCUCCGUGUUGAUGCAGUGCAUUUGUUGAAAGAUCAUGUAGGUCGAAAUAAUGGGAAUGGAUUGGUUAAGUUUCUCUCCCCUCAAGAUACAUUUGAAGCUUUGAAGCGAAACAGAAUGCUGAUGAUUCAACGCUAUGUGGAAGUUAGUCCUGCCACAGAGAGACAGUGGGUAGCUGCUGGAGGCCAUAUCACUUUUAAGCAAAGUAUAGGACCUUCUGGACAAACCCAUCCCCCUCCUCAGGCACUUCCCAGGUCAAAAUCGCCCAGUGGGCAGAAAAGGUCAAGGUCAAGAUCACCACACGAGGCUGGUUUUUGUGUUUACUUGAAAGGGCUACCCUUUGAAGCAGAAAACAAACAUGUCAUUGAUUUUUUUAAAAAGUUGGAUAUUGUGGAAGAUAGUAUUUAUAUUGCUUAUGGACCCAAUGGGAAAGCAACGGGUGAAGGCUUCGUAGAGUUCAGGAAUGAGGCUGACUAUAAGGCUGCUCUGUGUCGUCAUAAACAAUACAUGGGCAAUCGCUUUAUUCAAGUUCAUCCAAUUACCAAGAAAGGUAUGCUAGAAAAGAUAGACAUGAUUCGAAAAAGAUUGCAGAACUUCAGCUAUGACCAGAGGGAAAUGAUGUUAAAUCCGGAGGGGGAUGUCACCUCUGCCAAAGUCUGUGCGCAUAUAACAAAUAUUCCCUUCAGCAUUACCAAGAUGGAUGUUCUCCAAUUCCUAGAAGGAAUCCCAGUGGAUGAAAAUGCUGUACAUGUUCUUGUUGAUAACAAUGGGCAAGGUCUAGGACAGGCAUUGGUUCAGUUUAAAAAUGAAGAUGAUGCACGUAAGUCUGAACGCUUACACCGUAAAAAACUUAAUGGGAGAGAAGCUUUUGUUCAUGUAGUUACUCUAGAAGAUAUGAGAGAGAUUGAGAAAAAUCCUCCUGCCCAAGGAAAAAAGGGGUUAAAGAUGCCUGUGCCAGGUAAUCCCGCAGUUCCAGGAAUUCCCAGUGCGGGACUGCCCAAUGCGGGAAUGCACAACGCGGGAAUGCACAAUACAGGAAUGCCCAAUGCAGGAAUACCUGCUGCAGGAAUGCCCGGUGCCGGAAUGCCCGGUGUGGGAAUACCCAGUGCAGGAAUGCCUAGUGCAGGAAUGCCUAGUGCAGGAGGUGAAGAGCAUGCCUUCUUGACUGUAGGAUCUAAGGAGGCCAACAAUGGGCCUCCAUUUAACUUUCCUGGUAAUUUUGGUGGGUCAAAUGCCUUUGGACCACCACUCCCUCCUCCAGGAUUAGGAGGGGCCUUUGGUGAUGCUAGGCCUGGAAUGCCUUCAGUUGGAAAUAGUGGUUUGCCUGGUCUAGGACUGGAUGUUCCAGGUUUUGGAGGUGGACCAAAUAAUUUAAGUGGACCAGGAUUUGGAGGGGGCCCUCAGAAUUUUGGAAAUGGCCCUGGUAGCUUAGGUGGCCCCCCUGGCUUUGGAAGCGGCCCUCCUGGCCUUGGAAGUGCCCCUGGGCAUUUGAGUGGGCCUCCAGCCUUUGGCCCUGGCCCUGGCCCUGGCCCUGGCCCAGGCCCAGUCCAUGUUGGUGGUCCUCCUGGCUUUGGAUCUAGUUCUGGAAAACCAGGACCAACAGUAAUUAAAGUACAGAACAUGCCCUUCACUGUGUCUAUUGAUGAGAUUUUAGAUUUCUUUUAUGGCUAUCAAGUGAUCCCAGGCUCAGUGUGUUUAAAAUACAAUGAAAAAGGUAUGCCCACAGGUGAAGCUAUGGUGGCUUUCGAAUCUCGGGAUGAAGCCACAGCUGCUGUCAUUGACUUAAAUGACAGACCUAUUGGCUCUAGGAAAGUAAAACUCGUAUUAGGGUAGCUGUUCACAUCAAUUCUUCAUAGGGUAGAUAUAGUCUUCAUAGUGCUGUGAUUAAUGCAUUCAGAUUGUUUUCCUAGUGUUUCCAGGUUAGAGCCUGUGGAUUGUUUCAAUUGCAUAUAGAUUGGUUUCCAUAACAUAGAGCAUUGGUUGACUGUUUACAGAAGACUCACUACCAGGAUAAACAUUGCUGUAUGUUACAGUAAAGCUGUCCGGAGAGAACACAAAAAUGAUUUUGGCAUACUAUUAGAGAAACCAUUUGUAAAACUCAAAUGACCACAUAAAGCUUAUCCAGGAGUCUAGAUUGGUUUUGUUUUAUACCAUAUGGAAUGAAGAAAAUAGAAAUGUCAAUAGAGCUCAUUGAGGGUGCUCUUGCCAGCUGCUGAAAAAUAGAAGCUGGCUACUCUUGGAAUUUGGUUUAAAGCUGGACAGAUUUGCUUUGUUAUAGGGUCAAAGCUUUGUCUAAAGUCCUCAUUUUCUUUUAAAAUUGAAUAAAAUCUCUGUAUACAGA